UCUGUUCUAGGCCAUGGAUGAAGAAAUGCUUAUAAACCUGGUGAAAGAACACGGGGAGUUAUACGACCCGGCGCACAGACAGUACCAAGACCAACACAGGAGGGAGCUGGCUUGGAAGAAGAUCGCCAAUAAGAUGAAGAUGCAAGGUAAUUACAGUUUUGGACAGUACCAGGUCCAACACAGGAGGGAGCUGGCUUGGAAGAAGAUCGCUAACAAGAUGAAGAUGCAAGGUAAUUACAUUUGUGGGCCAUUUUAUGAAAUGCUCAUAAACCUGGUGAAAGAACACGGGGAGUUAUACGACCCGGCGCACAGACAGUACCGGGAUCAACACAGGAGGGAACUGGCUUGGAAGAAGAUCGCUAACAAGAUGAAGAUGCAAGCUCAUGAAUGCAAAGAAAGGUGGAAAAAACUGCGUGAAAAUUACAGAAAAGCAAUUAAACUGCGUCAAACACAGAAAGCCAAAGGCAUCAAAAAACUUAAACGCAUCAAACACGGACACAUAAUGACGUUCAUAGCUGACCAAAAAGAAAUAGAAUAUGAAGAAGUCGACACUCACAGUGCCGGGCAUUCUAGGAAAACAGAAAUAUAUGCUGUAGAACCUAAUCCAAUAGACCCGCUAGUGCUAGAAAGGAACUACGAAACAGUUCCUAGAACUGACACAGUGGUAACUUUCUUCACUAAUUUAGGAGAGACAGUCAAAACCUUUCCAAAAGACGUCCAAAUACGUGUGAAAAGGGAUAUAUUUAGAAUUAUCAACGAAGCAGAGGAAGAAGUGGUGAUGAACAAAUUCCAGUGGUGAUGAACAUGCAGUGAUUAGAAUGAAGUAAAUUGUCUAUCUCG